GACAUUGAAGCCUUUACAAAUAUUUAGUUUUAAGAUAUGAUUAAUUUGAUUAAUAAACCUAAGAAUUAUUUCCUCAGACCACUCCAAAAAGUAGAAGGAAGCGACAUUCUAUAACAAAUACUGCAUGCUAAUACCUGUCGGUUCCAAUAAGCUUAUCCAUUGAAGCACUCUGUUAGUGAGAAAAAGGAUGUUAUCAAUAAACUGUUUACUGUCUGUGGUUCUCACGUAUUUGAUUAAUUCAGUACCUCGAGUUCAUGCACAGGAUGAUAAUCCGCCAGGCUUUCUAAGCAUAGAUUGUGGAUUGCCAGAAGGUUCUGACUACACGGUAAGCACUACCGGAAUUUACUACAAAUCUGAUUCAGACUUGAUUGACAGUGGUAAGAGUAUGAGUUUAUUACCUGCCCUCAUAGGCAGCUCCUCAGAAAAGUACUUUUCUACUGUCAGAAGCUUUCCUCAAGGAAAGAAAAACUGCUACACCAUCCAACCUUCAGCCGGGAAAGGUAACAAGUAUCUGAUAAGAGCAAGUUUCAUGUAUGGUAACUAUGAUUCUUUGGACCAGUCCCCAACAUUUGAUCUCAAUCUGGGAGCAGACACCUGGAGCAAAAUUGUAUUUGAAGAUAGUUCAAAAGUUGUGAGAAAAGAGAUCAUACAUAUUUUGUCUUCAGAUUAUAUACAUGUUUGUCUUAUAAACACUGAUACAGGAACGCCCUUUAUCUCGGCACUAGAGUUGAGGCCUCUCAAUAAUUCCAAUUCUAUGUAUAAAAUAGAUUCUGGAUCAUUGCAAACCAUCAGCCGGGUGGAUUUCGUCUCUGUAAGAGGCAAUGGAGUUAUCAGGUACCCGAAAGACAUUUAUGAUCGAAGAUGGGUAUCUUUAAAUCUGACAAACACAGGACUAGGUACUAUGCUAGACAUUAGUAAUGGAAAUAUUUACCUCGUCCCGAAGGAUGUACUGAGGACUGCAAGCACAACAGAGAACAUCAAAGAUCCCUUAAACUUCUAUUGGGACACGACUAGCACCAGUGAUCUAAUCUAUAUAUACAUGCACUUUGCUGAAGUUGAAAAGCUUGGAGCUAAUCAAUUGAGAGAAUUCAACGUCUACCUAAACGAUAAGCUAUGGAGCCAUCAACCUAUUGUUCCAGGGUAUCUAAGUGUCUGGACCGUUUACCCCGAAACACCAGAGACAGGUAAUACUAGGUAUGCAGUCAAAAUCAAUAAAACAGAACGCUCAACUCUUCCACCAAUUAUCAACGGCUAUGAGGUUUACGCAGCUAAGAAAUUUUCAGAGUCAGGAACAAAUGAGACAGAUGUUUCUGCGAUUCUAAACAUCAAAUCUGCGUACAAAGUGAUUAAAAACUGGCAAGGAGAUCCUUGUGAACCAGAAGACUUUGUGUGGGAUGGUCUCAAAUGCAGCUACCAUAGUUCCGAUCAUUCUGCCAGGAUAAUAUCAUUGAACUUGUCCACGAGUGGACUGACUGGAGAAAUAGUUCCUUGUAUAGUCAAUCUCACACAAUUAGAAACUUUGGACUUAUCUAACAAUAACUUAAGCGGGCAAAUUCCAGGAUUUUUAUCUCAACUGGCUUUAUUAAGUGUCCUGAACUUAAAAGGAAACAACUUUACUGGGCCAGUUCCCCCUCAACUCCUAGAAAACAAAGAGAAAGGAAUACUAUCACUGAGUAUUGAUGACAAUCAUGGAAACAACACAAAUAUAGAGAAAAAAAGCAAUAUGUCAACUCCCGUUGUUGUUGGAUCUGUGGUUUCCGUAGUUCUACUCUUGGCUGCAAUAGCGUUUGGCAUAUGGAGAAUGAGAGGGAGAGUGUUUAAAAAAUCUGGUAAGCUGCUACAAGUAAACAGAAGUGACCUGGAGAGAAAAAACAGACAUUUCACAUACUCCCAGGUCGUGGACAUCACUAGAAAUUUUCAGAGAGUGCUUGGUGAAGGUGGUUUUGGCAGGGUGUACCAUGGCUAUGUAGGUAACGAUCAAGUUGCUGUCAAGAUGCUCUCUCCAUCAUCGACUCAAGGCUACAGAGAAUUUCAAACUGAGGCCAGUCUUCUGAUGAGGAUUCAUCAUAAAAAUUUGACCUCUCUGGUUGGUUACUGCAACGAGGGCACGAACAUGGGUAUCAUAUAUGAGUACAUGGCUAACCAGAGCUUAGAUGAGUAUCUCUCAGCUUUCAUGGAUACAGGAAAAAGCUAUGGCAUUUUCAGUUGGGAAAUCAGACUUCAGAUGGCACUGGAUGCAGCACAAGGACUGGAGUACUUGCACCAUGGAUGUAAACCAGCAAUCAUCCACAGAGAUGUGAAAACAAGUAAUAUUUUAUUAAAUGAACAAUUCCAAGCAAAGUUGGCAGAUUUCGGGCUGUCCAAAGCUUAUCCGGCUGAAGGUGGUACUCAUGUCUCAACAGUUGUUGCGGGUACUCCUGGUUACAUUGACCCUGAUUAUGAAAAUUCAAAGAGGCUUACGGAGAAAAGUGAUGUGUUCAGUUUUGGGGUUGUUCUACUUGUGAUGAUAACCGGACGACCACCAAUAUUAAGAAAUGAAGACAGGACUCACAUUGCUCAGUGGGUUGACUUUAUAGUUAAAAAUGGUAAUGUUACCGAGGCUGUAGAUCCGAGGUUUGGAGGAAAAUUUGAUGUGAACUCGGUGUGGAAAGCAGUUGAAUUAGCACUGACAUGCACAUCUAGGAAUUCAACUAGAAGGCCAACUAUGAAUAUGGUGGUGAUAAUUCUAAAGGAGUGCCUGGCAAUAGAAAUCAGUCGCCACGAUGCUUAUCCAUACGAUUCAACUGAAAUGUUCUCCACUGAUCCAGAGAGGUCAUUGGUCCCCAGAGUGAGGUAGUUACCUACCUCAGUAUUCUCGGCAUUGUCUUAUGUCAUGUGGUGACUAUUGUUCUUAAUUCAAUGACACAAAAAGUCCCUUUCAUA